AUGAGGAAUCGCGUUGUACGGAAGCUAAGCGGGCUUUCAGGGAUUUCCGAGAGUGACUUGUGGAUUGCACCCGUCGUCUUGCUCCUGGCCUGCGCCGCUCGUGGCGCAUUUGGCUGUGACGCCAACGAACCUGCCGUCAUGCACGGCAACGGCAACAGCAGAAGCCAUGCCAUCCCGCAUGGCAACGGCAGCAACAGGCACAUCGUCAUGCGUGGCGACGGCAGCAUGGGGCAUCGGAGGCAGCUGCAGCUGGUGGGGCAGGUGAAGACCUUCGAAGCCGAGCUGCAGUACUACGUGCCUGUCCCCAUCAGGACUCACCGUGAGAGGGCUAAUCUCCUCAUCGAGCCACUAGGCUUCGCGUUCAACUCGUCCAAUCAGCAGCGAGUCAUGCUGCACUACCUCGAGCACGACCCAAAAUGGGGCAUUCUCGCCCAAUGCCGCGGCGACACCUGUAUCCUACUCAGCAGAGCAGCAGGUGCACGUGCUGCCAGCGGCGUUCAGCUGGGCUUAUUCACAACUUCCACCACUUCAUUGUUUGAGAACAUGCCGCUGUUUGUCGUUGCCUCUAACUAUCCCCUCCAACGCACCCACCCAACCCCCCUCCCCUCCAAGCAGGUAUCCUACUCAGCAGAACAACAGGUGCACGUGCUGCCAGCGGCGUUCAGCUGGGCGUACUCGCAGGGGAACAACUUCUACCACUUCAUUGUUGAGACAAUGCCUCUCUUCCUCGUUGCUGCACCACUGCUGCCUCGCAUCCUGCCCUCCAUCCCCAUCCUCGCUGAAGACAUGCAGUGGGACGCAUACAAGCGCUUCGGCGAGGUGCUGAUAGGAGUGAAGUAUGGUGCAAUGCGGUCGCUGCCCCUCGUGAAGGCAGACCUCUUCUUUGUUCACACUCUCUACGAGGUCAGUGUAUGCCAGCUCCUGCUCCUGCUGCCCCUCGUGUGUGAAGGCAUAAGGGAGGCGAUUGCUACCCCUCGUGUGUGA